AAAUAUAACAUGACGCCAUUUUUGAGAUAAUACUAUGUUAGUUGUCACGGGCGGUAUGUCAAUGGCAUUGGCAAGAAGUUUGUACAGGGCGGCCUUGGCGAUACACUUUCACCCCGCAGCGGUGUCGCCGCCGAUCCAAUACGCGCGAGGCUUGAUCAAUGCCAGUCAAGUGAGCGAAUUCGCUAGCAUCUCAGCGUCAUCCACUAGAAGGAAAAUGGCUGACAAAUUAAGUCCUGAAGAUCGAGACACCCAGUUAAAGCCUCUGCUGGAAAAAGGCUGGAAGGUUCAAGCUAACAGGGAUGCUAUUGAAAAGGAAUUCUUAUUCAAAAACUUUACUGAGGCUUUUGGGUUCAUGACCCAAGUGGCACUGUUGGCAGAGAAGAUGGACCAUCACCCUGAGUGGUUCAAUGUUUAUAACAAGCUUCAGGUAACUCUGACAUCCCAUGAUGUGAAUGGUCUCAGCAAACGGGAUAUCAAAAUGGCCAAAUUCAUGAGCAGCCUCUCCAACUAACACAUUGGACACAAGAAAAUAUUUGAUGUUUAUUGUGAUUUCCUAUUUAUUAUAGUAAUUUUUAUUUGUGCAAGAGUUAAGUUUGAAUGUUAAAAUAUAAUGAUAUGAAAGUUG